UGGGAGAAGAAGGCCUAAACCUCAGUGUGUACAUAUCCCUCCCUCUGUCUUUCUCUCUCCCUGCCAUCUUGCAGGUAAAGUUGCCAGGGGUCCUGGGCUGAGAAAGUGGCCAAACCCUCCCACAGUUGGGUGUUUUCUCUGCUGCACUCUGGGCUGGUUUCUAUUCAAAUGUGGGUCAGGGGUGAGGAAGCCUAACGUCAUAAGCUUGCAACAUGGCGUCCCGAAGGCUGUGAGAUGAGCAAGAGGAUGGUAAAGAACGCUUGAGAACGAUCCUACCGAUGUAAUAAGCUUUAGGUGGUGCUCGUGUAGGAAGAGAGAGAGAGAGAGAGAAGGAAAGAAGGAAGGUGGAAAUGGAACUGCCAAAUCAUGCCAAACAACUGCUGCUGCAACUCAACCAGCAGAGAGCCAAGGGCUUCCUGUGUGAUGUUAUCAUCGUGGUGGAGAAUGCACUCUUCCGUGCCCACAAGAACAUCCUGGCAGCAAGCAGCAUCUACUUCAAGUCUUUGGUCCUCCACGAUAACCUCAUUAACCUCGACACAGAGAUGGUUAACCCCUCUGUAUUCAGACAAGUUCUGGACUUCAUCUACACUGGGAAGCUCCUGUCCUCGUCGGACCAGAGCAGUGAGCAGAACUUCAGUGCCCUCUUAACCGCAGCCAGCUACCUCCAGCUCCAUGACCUCGCUGCUCUGUGCAGAAAGAAGCUCAAGCGCAGUGGUGGGAAACCCCUGCCAGGUAAACCCUCCACUCCAGGUCCCCUCAGCCGCUUACGCCUCAACAACCAGCGCCUUUCCUCUUCUACCCCUGCUGGCCCCAACAACCACUAUCCUCCGACCCCCUCCGAUGCCGACCAGCCACAGCCAGAUGAAGGCCUUCGGGACAAGCUCUCAGACGACGAAAUGUUUGUUGGCAGCUCUGCGAGGAAUGGCAAUGGGGGGAACGGCAGCAGUAACGGUAACCUCAGCAGUGGAGGCAGUGCUGGGGAGCCAGACCUUGGACUAGAUCUGUCCAAGAAGAGCCCUCCCUCUGCGGGCACAGCCACUGAUGCCCUCAGCCCACACAGCAACUCCCAAGAAUCCCCUCAAUCUGCCUCAGUAUCCACAACCAACAGUGCCUCACUGGAUGACUCCUCUACCACCCUACCAGGUGUAGACAACUGUGGCUCAGAGAGCAUGGAGCUCAACUCCUCCUCUAAAGCCUCAGAUGAAACCCAAAACCAGCCUGAUGGCCCUCCACCCCAGAAGAAAACUCGGCAGGGUGCUCGUAAGAACGAAUGGCCUAAGAAAGAGGCGUCAGGGUUGAAGUCUGAAGAUCACGACAGACCCCUGGUUAACGGAGUGAUUGUGGGUCCUAAAGAUGGCCGUUCCUCUGACCAGUCCUUCCAGUGUAAAGAUGAGGAAGAAGGAGGAGAGAAUGGCCAGGACCACACUGAUGAGAGUGGGCAAAGUGACGGAGAGAGUGCAGGAGGCGGCGGAGGAACAGGAGGGGGACACCACAGCGCCAACUACGUGUACCGGCAGGAAGGUUUUGAGCCAGCAUUUGGAGACAACCUCUAUGUGUGCAUACCCUGUGGUAAGGGCUUCCCCAGCUCAGAGCAGCUCAAUGCUCACGUGGAGACACACAAUGAGGAUGAGCUCUACAUCAAAGAGGAGGGAGGGACCUUUGUGAAAGAGGAAGAUGAGGAGGAGGCAGAAGACCUGUCUGCCCCUGUGGGUCCCUCCAACUUUGGCUCUGAAGCGCGCCCGUUCAAGUGUACAGUCUGCAGUAAGAGCUACAAAGACCCGGCGACGCUGAGACAACACGAAAAGAGCCAUUGGCUGACCAGGCCUUUCCCCUGCAACAUCUGUGGCAAAAUGUUCACCCAGAGGGGCACCAUGACGCGCCACAUGCGCAGCCACCUCGGCCUCAAGCCGUUUGCAUGUGAAGAGUGUGGCAUGCGCUUCACACGCCAGUACCGUCUGACAGAGCACAUGCGUGUCCACUCUGGGGAGAAGCCGUACGAAUGCCAGCUAUGCGGGGGGAAGUUUACCCAGCAGCGCAACCUCAUCAGUCACCUGAGAAUGCACACCUCACCCUCUUAGAAAUGCAUCAAGCCAAAGAACUCUGGGAAUAGAAAAAAAAACGCUUCUCUACCUUUUUUCCAUCUCGACAGCAAAGAAACGCACACGUACACGUUCACAUGCAGACACUCAGUUUCUACACAUGAAUUCCAGUUUACGACGCCCUGGCUAAGUGAAUGAUGUAGCUGUUAGCCACAUUGGGCUCUUGGUGACGGUGGGAACUUGUUGAUGCAAGGAUCAUGUCAUCAUUUAUAUCAAGCGACGUCUGCUCACCUCUCAGGAGUUCUAGAGGGACAAUUACUCCUGUCUCUCUCCAAAGUCACAAAGCCAUGGUGGAGUGGCACGACUUCUGGUCUGCAUUGCAAGUCUGUCAAAUGUGAAUGUGGGUACUGAUACAAAGUCAAGCCCCCUCACCUCAUACCCCUCAGCAGCCUUUCUCUCUUCUACCUUUUGAGCAUUGAGUCUUUGAGUUAUUCAGAUUGUUCCUCAAACUGAUUAACUCAAGAGUCCCCUCUCUACUCCAGUGCUAUUUUGACCAAAAACCCGUGCAAACAAUACUGGCAAUAAUUCAGCAAAAAGAUGAUUUUAACCUGACAGCUUUAUAUCCUUUGUUACGUUGGUGAUGGGGAUCUGUAUGUAAGAGGAGGGGUAACUGGGUUUGGGACCAUCUCCAUGCUUUAACUGAAAGUCCUGAAAGAAAUGGUGGGAUGACAUUUGGAUUUUAGUUUUUACAGAUCACAAAUACUCAAAGGUCCUCUCUGCAGCUGGCCACAGUAAUAUAGAGAGGAUUAUCAUUGUUUUCGGUUUUGCCUGCUAGUGCUCCCAGGAAUGAAUCCUGGGUGAAAGAUGAACCUCUUGAGGUACUUGUUUUACUUAAAGAACUUGUAAUGUUUCAGUGAAUGUUUAAACUGGAAAGUCUUGGGAUUUUUCUUGUGGA